GCCAGCAGAAGGAAGGGUGUGAACGCACUGCAAAAGAACCGUCGUUUCUUACUGACUAUUAAGAUUGAUAUCCUCCCCGUGGUGUAUUGAUCCGUGGACAUGAUGGGGAAACAGACCGGGUUGUGUGUGUUGUUGUUGGUGCUGAACGUCGCUGUAACCGAGGAUACCGUAACUACGGUGUACUUCACGGAUGGCGGAGAUCUAACGUUAAAAGUGAGGCCUCCUCUUCCGGAUCACAUCAACUACAUCAUGUGGAUAUUCAACGAUAAUCUGCUGGCUGAGUGGGUGGAAGAUAAGAGUUAUUACCUCAGACUUAAAGGACGAGCAAACCUCACCACAGAGACUGGACAGCUGAUCAUCAACAAGAUGAGCAAAAAGGACGAGGGUGUGUAUUCAGUGGAGAUCAACGGCAGAGUCCAGAGUGAGAGAUAUCAAGCUAAAUUGAUCAAGAAGGUCCAGAAGCCCAAAGUAGUGGAGAGGACAUUGUCUUGUGGAGCUUUAUCUGAUAGUUGUAAGUUCUCCUGUGACUCAAACACCACCGAGGCUGAACCAGUCAGCUACAGCUGGAAGAAGGGAGAUGGAGAGUGGGAGGUGUCUGGGAAGGACAUCACCAUCACCAGAGAGGAGUUCACAGUUUGGAGCACCUUCACCUGCCGGAUAGAGAACCCAGUCAGCCAGGAAGAAAGUGACCCAAAACCCAACCCAGUCUACAUUUCCAGCAUCAUUAGGUCUAUAGUGAUUGAUGUAUUGUUAGUUUUUCUUUUGUUUUGGUGUUUGUUCGAGGCAUUUAAAAUGAUGAAAGGCUACUUGAAGAAUCGAGGCAGCAACAUCACUGAUCCUGCACAUGUAAAUGGAGAUGUACAGCCUACUGCUCAUCCUAGUGACAGUGCAACUAAUCCAGCUGAGAACAUACCACUUCAGGAUAACCCAGAAGACCUAAAGUCAGACGCCAAAGAAACUGCAUGAAGUUGAGGAGCUCAAAUAGUCCUCAGACUACUAUUUCUGCAUACAUGACAUGUACAAACAUGUACAUUUUCUGUGUAUUUUUUAGCAGUCAGCUGUGUGCAUCAUCGACUGUUACUUGCAGCAGAGGGAUUUUCAAAACAACAAAGUUGUUUUUUAGAACAGCAUGAAAAAAUGAUUGCAUUUUAUUGUUUUUUUAAACAGCCACCUGUGUGUUUAUAUAUGUAUUUAUGUGGGUGUUUCUGCAACUAAAAUCACUUUUGACUCUCCUAAAUUAAAGAAAAAACAAUCUAUGAAUUUUAACCAUCAGAGAAAACUAAACUUAUAUUAACAGAUAUAUGAUAUUCUCAGUGAGUCUUUGCAGUGUGCCUGAGGAUGUAAAUAAGUCAAUCAGACAUAUUGAUAAUGUGAGUGAAGCAGCUUUGAAUAUAUCUGAUAAGAAACCAUACCAAAGAAAAGGCUGAUUUAAUCACCAGAAGUGAAUGUAAUUAAAUUACCAACAUUUCAGCAUCUUCUGACCAGUUUCCAAAAGGUCUACAUGUAAAGACGUACACACAAUUGCAUUUAGUCGUUAAGAUUUUAAUCUGUAACAUGUUUAUUUUUUAUGUUUUGUAUCACUUUGUUCUUAUACUAAAUGUCCUUACCGCAACAUUUCAAUAACAUUCGUAUAUAUAAAUAAAUAAAUAUUUUUAAAUU